CAAAAAGGGGGUUGUUUCGCGGUCGCCCCCGUGUGUGGUGGGGGGCGAAUAUGCCCGUGUGUUUUUGUCUCUCGUCUUCUCUUCUCCUCCUCCACCUCCUCCUCCUCCUCAUCUUCCCUCACAGCUGACCAAGACUGGAUGGUGGUCACCAUGGACAGCACUGGAGGGUGUGGUCCAGGAGACGGAGAAGAGAGAAAACCAGACCUGAGCACAAGACAAGAUCAUCCAGUCGCUACUGCUGCUGCUGCUGCUCCUACUCCUACUCCUACUUCUGCCGCCAAGCUUGCAAAAGUUUCUUCUUUUGAUAAGGAACCUUCUAAAAACUCUGACAAAUUACUGACAGCUGUGAAUCGAUGGAGCCAGGAAGAGAACAGUGCCGUGACCCCGGGGGAGUCAAGUCAGGUCUUUAAGCUCCCCCAUUCCCUUCCUCUUGCCAACGGAGUGACGGCAGCAACGGCCGCAGCAGCUGCGGUCAAUGGCGUCUACAAGCCUUCUGCAGGUCACCCUGCACAGGCUGUGGGAUUUAAGCUGGCAGGAGGGAGGCACAGUGAACAGUCUCUUCUCAAUAAUAAUCUAAUCGAAGACAAGUGUAACCUUAGAUGUAAUGACGAAAAGUCGUAUUGUAUGUACCACAAGUUCCCCACAAAAGUGAACAACAAUGUCUACCCAGAGAAGGCCAGCUCCGUCAAAGACGGAAUGGACGAGUACUUUCAGAUGAAUGCCUCUGUAAUCUCUAGCAAGCAUUCUUCGCAGCCACCGCAGCAGCAGCAGCAAGCCAAGUGUAACGAGCUGAGCCCAAGCAGAGAUGCCUCCAAAUACCCUGACCAUCUCAAUCUUCUCAACGGAGAAGAGGAGGACGAAGACGACGGAUGCAUCUACACAUACAAGGGGGAGAACUUUGAGGCAAACCUCUCGCACCUCAUAGACAUGUGCCUCAGCUGCGGACUUCCGAAUACUGAGCGUGGCGGUGAUGGCCGUGACGCCAUCGUGCAUAGGUUGAUGAAUGGGUCUCCCAGAGCGGAUCCGCCGGAACAGAACAAUCUGUUUUCGCCGGAGAUGGACUUUUUAGAAAUGGAUUUCGACCCGGGGCCCAACGGGGAUGGGGACGCCGACUCUGACUGUGAAGAUAACUGUGUUGAUGAGUGUGAUAGUAGGUUAGUUAUAGAUCAUAAUGCUGCCUUUAGUGUUGCUGGUGCUUUGAAUCCUAUUAGUAGAAAAACCAAUAAUUAUUGUUCUGAAAUGAGGAACCUCAUGUGCAAGAGGUGUGAGUCAAGUAUAUGUGAUGGCAAAAUAGACAACGUGGCCUUGAAUUUGCGUUUGCACGAAAACUCUUCGCCCUUAAAUUUUGGCCGAGGCCCCAACGAUGGUUUGGACGACAGACCCAACGUUGGGAACGGGGUUUUAAAUGUGCCAAGAGAUACGAUGAACGUUCCGAAAGACUUGAACGUAGCAUUAAAUCAGUUUAGUGGUUCUCAUUGUCGAUUAAGUAGCCAAUCAGUGUCUCUAGUCCCAGAUGAUGAUAAUGACCCACAAGACAAUGACAGCAUUGAAAACAAUCUCGGCGAAGCCGACGACAUGGACAUGAUAGAUGACGAGGACGGGGAGGAUGCCGACGACGAAGACGGGGACGACAGCAACUCCGACAUGCCCGAACUGAGCGAGAGGCUUCCUGCAUGCAACGGCAGCAGCGAAUUUGUGUUGCGAGAUGAGUCGUCCUGUCACGUUCACUGCAGCGCUAAGAAGAGUAUUAACAAGCAGAGCAACAAGUCUGCAAACAACAAUCUUGGGUCUGUCUCGGCUCCGGAAGUCAGCCCUGCGAAGGAGUACAGCCCGCUUGAGAAAUUCGGCAGAAGUAUCAGUUUUCACAACCAGCUUUCGAGUCCCAAGUACGAAAACGUCUGCUUCACCAGACGGUCCCCAAAGAGUGGUGACGAGAAUCCUUGCCAGGCAGCUGGAAGCACGAGGAAAAGUGCAGCCGACAGGGAAGGCGCAAAUCUUGAAAUUUGUGCUGGGAGACUGAAUAGCCGUGAGAACUCUGUCUUUAAUAUUCUCUCGGACCCAAAUGCAGGGUCUUCACAGAGUUUGAAUUCUGUCUUUGAUACCACCAAGGAAAGCAGUGCAGGCAUGCUGGGCAAACAUAGCAGCGUUGUGUCCUUACCUAGUGCUACGGCUACAUCCACCGGUCAUUCGUCGGUCCUGCUGACGUCGCCCGCCUUGUCGUCUCCUAUGCGAACGGGAGCCAGAAGUCCUCCGGUGACACUGAGUGGGACAAGUUCUGCUCCAUGUCCCCUUCCAGUGAAAUCUCUGCGACCUAAGAACACUAAUCCAAGUCAGGACCCAAAUACGGCUAGCGAAGGAGAAGGAGGAGGAGACGAGAGUUGUCCCAGGGUCAAGAAGGUCAUGAUUUGGACAGAGCUCCAGGCCUCAGGGAGACAAGUUACUCAAAUUGCUACCUCAGCAUGUGGAGCCACUGCCAUUAUCAAUGUAUUGCUAGCUUUAGACUACCCACACACCUUGGAAGAGGUACAGAACAGCAUCAAGACUCGGCUACGAGCAGAACUGGCUCCCGUGGUAGAUUAUCUGCUCUCGCGGUCAGUAGCGGGCACGACUCACAAAGACCUCAUCGAAGGAGUUACGUUACUUUCCAAAGGGUCGAUCAAGGCCAAGUUCUUCCAUAUGUUUCCUAAACGGGCAGUGCAACUCUCUCGGUGGCUUGCUCAGUGGAUAGGAAGAGGUGGAGUACCUCUUGCAACAUUGAAUCUACAAGUUGGUGUGGCUGUUGGCCAGACCAUUCCUGACGCAUGGCAUCAUCAGAUGAUUUUUGGAGUUGGCCCGCAAGGGAUCUACCUCACUAACCCUCUGGAGUGUGUGUCUGACUGUCUCUUAGGAGAGCAGCUCUGUACUGACAGUGUACUGUUAGUAAGGAGAGCAGAUAUAGUUAGCAGAUGGGGCCAAGGAGAUAAGCUGAUACGGUUAACAAAGCAGAAGGAUCCGAGGUGGCUGGAUAUGAAUGUUCUAGGUCAAGUACUAGGUGUAUUGAAAGAACAGGCAGCCCCUCCCAUCAUGCAGGGCCGACGCCACCUAACUUCUCACGUGGCAAUCCCAGCUGCGUACCAGUCUGGCGUAACGAUCUUCAUGAGGGCUGACAACAGUGAAAUCCAUACGUUGCUUGAAGCAGAGGAGUUACCAUUGUUAGAAUGAUAACCAGCUUAGGUGUGCACUAGAGGUGCACACUCAGUGGCAGAUGAUUUUUACAUCUGUAUGUUGUCAUAGAACCUAGAGACAGCCCAUUGCACUAAAUCUUCAGUCAGACGAAUGGUUAUGGAUUGUCUCUUGUCUGUUUAUAAGUCGAAAUUUUUCUCAGUCUUACAGGUUUCUCUCUUCUAUCUCAAUCUCUCUCUUCAUCUCUCUUUAUCUCUCUCUCUCUCCCCCUCUCUCUCCUUUUUAAUGCAAGAGUGAGCUCUCCCUGAUACAGUGUUGAGCUUUUGUGAUAGCAGAUAUUGUUCCUUGUAGGAUCAGUUAUAAUUUUUUUACAACCCAGUGUAGGAUUGGUAGGACAUGAAUGGGUUUAUUACCACAUUGUGUAUUUGAUUGUGCUUACUUUUUGGGAGGUUUCAAAUUCUGUUAAGGAAACUUGAUCGAAGGGAUGUUUUGUUUGCUCAGGGCUACAAUUUUUUUUUUCUUAUACAUAUAUAUAGAUUAUAUACAUUGUGAUAGCUUGAAAAUGAAGACACUAUAUUUACUGUGCUGAAAAGUAUACUCAAUGGAAUAAUGGCCAUUUGGAAUGAUUGAUAGCUUCUUCAGCCUUUGAUUCACAGAAGCAUGAUUUUAGAAACUGAAGUUAAGCACUACAGUAUAUUAUGUAAUAUAAUAAAUACUAUAAUGAUGAGGGCUUGGUAGUUUGUAUUAUACUUCAGUGAAAAUAAAUUAUUUUUGCCUUACUUUGUGUUUGCUGCUACUAUUACUUUCAUUAGUUGUCGGUCGCUGUAAUCAAUUAGAACAGAAAAGUAACCAUUUUAUCUUCAUAGGUAUUUUUGCUUAUAAUGAAUUGCAAGACAUUUUCAGUGCCGUUCUUUAAUUUGUGUGUGUGUGCCACUCCUUAACUACUAUGAAUGACUUGGUAUGCUAAAGAAAUAUCAAAGCUUUAGAGAACGUUUAUUGGAAGCAUCCCCCCUCCCCCUUGUGAUAGACGCCCAUCAAAGUGUCUGUUUAACGUCUGGAAGGUAAGGAAGGAACGUCGUAGGUAGUCAUUCACAAGUUUUGAUUAAGGCUUCAUGAUGAAUUCAAUUUUUUUAAGUGUUCUAGAGUUAUUAUGUACCUGUGUUAUAUAUCUUCUUCAUUUUCUUGAGUCCGUUGAAAUGUCUUAGUUGUAGCAGUUUUGAUUCUCAAAAGACGUCUCAAGAAGUAGACAUAAGGUUUGAUUUAUUUUUAUGAUGUCUGCACUUUCCCUGCAUUUAUAUUCUAUUCCUAUUUAAUUUUUUGUUGCAACAUAUGCAUGAACAUGCAAGCCCCUUCCCCCAUUCUUAGUCCUGAGCUCAUAGGUAUAUAUACUUUUGCAAGAGCAGGUUUGCAUAUAUGCAACAUCGAAGCAAUUAUGUAAAAAUGCAUGAAUAUAUUACAUUUAUCCCUCUCCGUCUUCUGCCAUCAUUCCUAAGCUCCUUUUUACCCACUUCUUUCACCAAGGGAGUUUCUCUCAUCUUGAUACAUAAUUUAGCAUAUGGGACUUGAAAUGUUUUUUUCCCCUUUUACAAGGUGGACAAUGAAGGUAAUGUUACGAAUGCCAGUUUUUUUGUUUGUUUUUUUUCACUAAAUUGCUUUGAAGAGGCACGUGUGACUGAAGAACGACUGGAUAGCAGAAUGUUUUUGGAUACUGCUCAAAUUGUUGCCCAGCUAUUUCAGGCUAAAGUAGCUAUCAAAGAAAUUUGUAAUUUAUAUUUAUAUUAGUAUUUAUUGUAAUGAAUAACUAGUACUGAGCUUCAAAUGAAGCUUUUAAUAAGACUGACCUAUUUUACCUUAGCCUGUUAUAUCACUGAUCCAAGUAAAUUUCUAGAGACCACCGUAUUUCACAGUAAAGUGUCUUUAUCGUGCAGGUAAUAUUCGCUAUUGGUUAGCCAUGUUCGAUACACGUUCUUAUAUAAUUUAUGUAAAUUGCAAAUUACUAUUGUUUUAAAAGUUUGAAUAUGAUUGUGGUUUUUUUUAAUGAGGAUACUGUGCAAGGAAUUACUGCUCUAUUGUAGGGUGUGAAAUUAUUUUAUGUUGGGAAAGUUAGGAGAACUUAGACAGAGAAACGAGCUUUGUUCUUGUAUUGCAAUAAUUAUUUUAUGAGUGUAUUAUAGUUAGCAUUACCGCUGCAUAUACAACAAUUCUCUUGGCAGGCAAUUAGUAAAUCCAUUAGAGGUUAGGCAUGGAUAGACUUGAUUUUUCUAACCUUGAUGGCUGUGAGACUUAGAUGUUAGGUUAAUUCGUUUUAAGGAUACCAUGAAAUUCGGUUUGGGCACCAUAUCGGCGUACUUCUUAGGAAAAUGACAUCCAGCUGGUAAACAGUUUCAUACAUGUAGUUUACAAAGUGGCUUGAGUAUAUUUUAUUCAUAACUUGAAAUUUUAUGAGGCAGCAUUAAAGAUAACAAAAUACUUGUCAAAAUUGUUGUAGGGUUUGUAUUAGUGCCUUAUGUGCGACAGGAGGUUUUUCCAAUGAUCUAUUAUGCCAGCCACAUGCAUUAUGAGAGAGAGAAUUGUUUUGUAUCAGAGACUGUGUUAUAGGUAAUAGGUCUUUUCCUUCUCGUAUUCCAAAUUGAUCUUUACACAAAUACGUCUAUAUUUUGAACAGAACAGGAAUUUUUUCUCUUUUCCAGACUAUAUGAAAAAAUGUUUAUAUUCAGUUUUUAGCUGUCAUAUAUACAUUUUUUCAAAUUUUUCUGUUCAUUUGCAUUGAUGAUGAUUUUAUCAUUGACCAACUGUUUCAGCUUAAUAUAAAGUGUCUCACCAUAUAUCCUGUAUGGUGACAGAGAGAGAGACUGGAAACUCUAACCAUACACCCUAGAUGGUGAGAGACAGACUUGAUACAUUGCUAAAACAAGAAUUCAAUGAUGAAAUCAUUGCUGAUGCAGAUACGUUAAAAAAAAUAAUUUUAAAUGCAUAUUCGACACUACCAAAACAGGGAUGAUAUGCAGAUUGGAAGUUUAUUGGUUCAUCUUGGGCCCAGUCAUAAUCAUCUCAAAAACACUUUCUAAAAAUUUCUUAGCUUACUGUAUGACUUUCAACAUUUUUAUAUAUCCCUAUUUAGUUAUGCGUUCUAAUAUUGUAAUUGCGCUUGACAAAACCCGUUGUUUAUAAACUCUCAGAUGUACUCAUAGGAUCUUGUUUAUAGAUGAAAUGGGAAAAUUAGAAGCAAGUUGAAAUGGAAAGGCCAGUGUUAAGAAACAAAGGGAAAAUGAUAAGUAGUAGAGGGAAGAAAAUGAAGCAACCAAAGUUAAAUACCUUAAUGGGAUGCCACUAAGAAUCCAUAGGAUUGUCAACAGUGUCUCCUAUAAAUCGCACCUAAGUGGUUCCUUUGCAAAAUAAUUUUGUGGGUGAAUGGUCAAAAUGUAGAACAGUUGUACUUUGUAAAAUGCUGAUUAAAUGUGGCUUGCUUUAAGCUAUUCAGCUAUAACCACAAUCAAAUUUCCAAAGUGUUGGUGUAAAACUCGAUCUCUGCAAGGUUUCAGAUUUGAAAUUUAGCUAAAGACUUCGUACUAAUUGAUAAGGCAGCAAGUCAGUUUCAUAAGGUCAGUAGAUUAAGAAUGCUACAUAUUCUGUAGCCAAUUUUUUAACUUAGGAUAUUGAUUGCUUUACUGUGCAUGGAAAUGACUGCGCACACAAUGAAACCGAUGGUAAAUGAUCUAACUCGCCUCAGUUGUAGCCCACUGAUAAAGCUCCCAUAUGCUAAAGACUGCAUGAAUAUAUCGGAACUCCUUUCACUUUGUAGAUACCCCUCUAUCAUGAUCAGUAUAUUUGUUUAUCCUGUGAAGAGUUAAAAAAAAAAACUAUGUUGUUGUAUAAUUGUAAAUAUGUUGAUGCCAAAUCAAAUUUUUUAUGUACAAUAUUAUGGUGUGACUGAGCUUUAUUUUUGUUGCCAUAUAUUUACUUCAUUAUUAAAUGGUUAUACCUUUUA